UGAGACCCCAAAACUGACAUCUGGUUGUACAGAAUUCAUUGAAUCUGCUGAACAUAUUUUGGAAAACAGAAAGAUGAACCAAACUUUGCUAGCAAAUCACAGUACUUUGCUUGAUUUGCUUGAAAUUCCUCAGCUUAUGGACACAUGUGUAAGGAAUGGAAAUUAUGAUGAAGCGCUUGACUUGGAAGCUUAUGUUUGUAAACUAUCAACCAUGCACCCCAAAUUACCUAUUAUUCAAGCACUGGCUGCUGAAGUUAGGCAGACAACCCUUUCUCUUCUUUCUCAGCUUCUUCAGAAACUUCGUUCGAAUAUUCAGUUACCAGAAUGUCUGCGAAUUAUUGGAUAUUUACGCCGAAUUGGAGUUUUUACUGAGUAUGAGAUGCGUUUGCAGUUUUUGAGAUGCCGUGAGGCUUGGCUUACUGGAAUUCUCGAGGAUCUGGACCAGAAAAAUGCUUAUGAGUACUUGAAAGGAAUGAUAAAUUGUCAUAGAAUGCAUCUUUUUGAUGUUGUUAACCAAUAUAGAGCAAUAUUUGCUGAUGAUACAUCAGGAAGUGAAGAGAAUUAUGAUGGUGGCCUUCUUUUUAGUUGGGCUAUGCAUCAAAUCACCUCACACCUUAAAACUCUUAAAGUCAUGCUCCCAAAGAUAACUGAGGGUGGAUCCCUGUCAAACAUUCUGGACCAAUGCAUGUAUUGUGUCAUGGGCCUUGGUUGGGUUGGGCUGGAUUUUCGAGGCCUGCUUCCAUUACUAUUUGAAGAGGCAGUUCUCAACUUAUUUUCAAAGAAUAUGAGUACAGCAGUAGAGAAUUUUCAGUUAGUUUUGGAUUCCCAUCGAUGGGUUCCACUACCAGCGGUUGGCUUUCCAGCCAAUAGUACUGGUGAUGAAAGUCAGGAUAAUGUGACACCACCAUCUCAUUUACUGGAACAUCCACCUCUUGCAGUGUUUGUUAAUGGUGUGUCUGCUGCAAUGAAUGAGUUACGCCCCUGUGCCCCAUUGAGUUUGAAGCACGUGCUUGCUCAAGAACUAAUUAAGGGGCUGCAGGCUGUCUCGGAUUCUCUGUUGAGAUACAGUGCAACUCGGAUGCUUAGAGAAAAUGAGUCUGGACUUUUCCACUCACUUUGCCGAGCAUUUAUAGAGGUUUCUUAUCCACAUUGUGCCACAUGCUAUGGGCGUUGUUACCCUGGAGGGGCUGCACUUAUCAUGGAGGCUAAGAAUUUAUAUGAUGGCAUCGGUCGCCUGUUAAUACUCUCUCCGUCAAAAGAACUCCCGAAACAAGUAAAUAAUGGAGAGGAAAUGAGCAUAAAGGAAGAUGGUAACGGCUCUGUGGACGAAAACAGAGCUACAACUGGUGUCGAAGAAACAGAAGUUGGCAAUGAGGAGAAAGAGGAGCGGAGAAGUUCCCCUGUGCAGAGUGGUGAAACGAGGGAAGUAUGAAGCAAGCAGCUGCGUAUGAGCAAUUAAUUGUGUCAAAAUUGCAAAUAGUAUUACCUUAAUUUUUGGUGCUCUUAAUUCUUUGAUUUUUGUAAUUAGUAUGGCAUUGGAUGGUCAAUUACGUCGUUUUACAAAAGUUAUAGAAAUUGGGAUUUGGGAUGAUAGAAUAGAGUGAACAUGAGUUAUAGGAGGCCCAUUUUAAUGUAAUAUUUGUAAAAUCAUAGUUUUCAUUUGUAUAUGGAUGAACCGGUUAAUUGCAUAAAAGUUAUGAUAAACUUAAUAAAUUUUCAAGGUUGAACUUA